UCGUGGUCUGUAAAUACAAGCUUUGAAAAUCUGAUUGAUAUCUACCAAAAAUCAAUCAUGUCUUCUUCUUCCUCCUCCUUGAAACUCUUCACCAUUGUUCUUCUCAUCAUUUUCUUCUUCUGCACCCCAUCAAACUCCGCCGGCGUUCCUAAAGAUAAAACUUUUAAAUAUGAAAUCGCAAGUGGAAUCACCAACAUUGAUGUAGAGUAUGCUGCCGACUACAGACCGAUCGACAUAUCAACAGGUCCCUUCCAGCUCGGUUUCUACAACACCACUCCCAACGCGGCAACCUUCGCCAUGAAAUUAGGGCGUCCCAGAUCCAGCUCAGUCCGUCGGUGGGUCUGGGAGGCCAAUCGCGGCAAACCCGUCAAGGAAGGCGCCACCAUUUCCUUUGGCACUGACGGAAACCUCGUUCUCGCCGAAGCCGACGGUCAGGUCGUGUGGCAGACCGCCACCGCCAAUAAGGGCGUCGUGGACUGUCAACUCCUCCCUAACGGAAACUGGGUGUUGCUCGAUUCCAAGGGCAAAUUUGUUUGGCAAAGCUUUGAUUACCCAACCGACACCCUUUUGAUCGGACAAUCCAUUCGUGCCGGCGGAGUAAACAAACUUGUAAGUCGAGCUUCUAACCAAGAGAAUUCAAAUGGAGCUUAUAGCUUGGUGUUAGAGCCUAACAAAGGCUUAUCUUGGUUCUACACAAUCCCCAAUUCUCCAAAUCCCCUGCUUUAUUAUUCGUCAGCGGAUUGGGAUAACCGUUUUGAAUCCGACGACUUCGUCGUCCCCGGCGAAUCUAUAAAGUUUGAUAUGCAAACUGAAAUAGACCCUUCUUCCGGUGUCCUGACUAGAAGCUACCUAUCGUUCGGACGAACUCUGGCAGUUCCAAGUUAUAACGCAACGUUUUCGUUUCUGCGAUUGGGAAUAGACGGCAGGCUGAUCAUAUUCACCUACAAUGAUCACGUGAACAGUUCAGCUUGGUUGGAGGUGUUUAGUCAGUUUACUAAUGAUGUGCGGUUCGUAGAGGAUAACGAUGAGGCCCAGUUGCCGGAGAAGUGCGGGAAGUUUGGGUUGUGCAGCAAGAACCAAUGCGUGGCUUGUCCGACCGAGAAGGGUCUGUUGGGUUGGAGCGAAGAGUGUGAGUUGAAGAAGGUGGGUUCGUGCAAGACUGGUGAUUUCCAUUACUAUAAGCUUGAGGGGGUGGAGCAUUAUAUCAGCAAAUUCAACAAGGGAAGUUCGAUGAAGGAGAGCGAUUGUUUGAAGAAAUGCAGCAGCGAUUGCAAGUGUUUGGGUUAUUUCUACUUCAGAGAAUCUGAGAGCUCGACAUGUUGGAAUGUGGAUGAUAUUAAGACACUUAAGAAAGUUGAUAAUAAAAAGCAUGUUGGAUAUAUCAAAGUAUCCAACAAAUAACCAUGGAUUCGGACUGGAGUGGAGUUCAGUUGGCUGCAAAAUAAGGAUGAUGAAGGAAAUCCCAUGUACCUCAUUUUUUAUUCCACUUGUAAUAUGUAUGGUAAGAUUGAGAAUUCAAAUAAAUCUU